GUACAUUUGCUCAAUCUGCAAUCGUUCGUUGAUUCGAUACGAACUCGUGUACAGUUUAGAAUGUAAUUCUUGGAUAAAAUAUUGUGUUAUUAAUUUUCUCUUUUCGCUAGAAUACCUAUCGCGAAUAUCUACAUUUUCCUAGGUACGAUAUCUCGAUAUGAAGACGAGUAUAAUAAUAAGUAUUUGUUUGGCAAUACUGCAAUUGGGUAUUGCUCAAAAUGAAGGCCCAUCCACCGAAUCAGUCACCACUCCAAUUCAACCCUCGACCAUUUCACCAGAAUCACCAGCCACUGAACCAACAACAACACCACAAUCCAGUACAACUUCCGAAUCUCCAAGCACAACACCCCCACAACAAGUGCUCACUGAAGCAUCAACGAUCAGCUCCUCCGUGGAAAGUACUACAUCGGUGUCGAGUAACAAGACGAAUGUUAAAAUAGUAGACAAGAUCAGCGAGCAAAUCAGAGCGAUAUUGAAACAUUUUCGCGAACCUAUACCUACUGGAUUUCCUGGCCAGGUCGUCUUACAAGAUCCUAUGCCAGCGCCGAAUGCAACCACUGACAUGACACUCGGGACUGGUCAUUUUUACAAUAUGACUGUCCAUGGGUUAUCGAAUUUCACCGUUGAGGCGGUUAAUUUGUUAUUGGAUGAGAUGCAGGUUUACGUUAUGAUUCAUAUGAAAAAAAUUCAAGUUAGAGGAAAUUUCACCAUAGAGACGUAUUUCACAAAAUCCACAGGACCUUUCAACAUGACACUGACUAAUGUAACUGCAGAGGGUACGGUUUCCUUGAAAGUCGAUGCGACUGGUAAAAUAUCCACGGACAAAGCAUCAUCUGAUAUGCAAUAUGAUGAGUUAUCGGUUGGAUCCGGCGCAGGUUCAUUAGUACAAGCAGCCUUGAACGGAGCCGGAAUAGCGGUAUUGUCAUCGAUCAAACCUCACAUCUUGAAACAAAUCGACCAACGACUAAAAGACGAGGUAGACAAACAACUAGAAACAAGCCCCAAAAUCCCCAAGAUUGCCACCCAAUCACCAGUCAACCUGGCCAUUUUAGAAGGUAGAAGAUUCGUACGCGAGAAGUAUGAACCAUUCACCAUACAAAAAGUGCUGGAACACGAUAGCGACUUCUUAAAAGUGAACAUCGGUCCUUUAACAAUACACGGAUUAUCCAAAUUCGCCAGAGUAGGAAACCUCACUGUUCAAAUGAAAGAAGGAAUUAUCCAAUUAAAAGUACGAUUUAUGACCGGCAGGCUCAGAGGCAAAUGUAAAUUUUUCUACGAUUUUGGUAAAACUGACGAAAUAAAGAAAAACGGCGAAGCUAAGUUCGCCAUCAACCACCUGCAAUUCGAAGCAACGUUGAAUCAAUCGAUUAAUUUACGAAACAAACCCAUCUUGGAUGAUUUACAAUUAGAAGUAGGUAAAGUUCAAGUAGAAAUGGAUGGUAAUGGAGAUUUUGAUUUUUUGGUCGAUUAUGCGAUGCGAUAUACACCCGAAUUGAUCAGACAUCUUGUAGUUGAUGCUCUCGAGGAACCUAUUAAAGAAGCUAUACAAUCCGAAGUUUUGAAUAAAAUUAAUAUCGAACAAUUAAUCGAGGAUAAUUUACCAUUGAUGGAGAGUUACUUUAUUUAUUAAGAGUGAUUUCAACAGCUAAAUGUUGACUCGAGUAGGUCUGAUUAAAUUGACUACAGUUCUCUCAAUAAUAUGUUAUUUUCAUAUUUUUAAAUUUUAACGACGACGAAUCUAUGUAAGAUUAUAUUUAAUUAGGUAACUGCCUUUGUUUUAUUCGUUUUUGAAGAAUUGUAAACGCUUUUUUCAUCAAUUUAAUUAUUGAAAUUGCAUCUAAUUUAUCCGAAAUUGGCAAAAAUAUAUGAACUGUUUGGAGAAGUGUUCGAAACCGGAAUACAUAACCUAGUUUUUAUACCUAAUAUUAUUCUAAGUAAGUAAUAUUUUUUUCUGUUCAAUUAAAUUUUCAAUUAAGUAA